AUGCGCCUUUUAUGUCUCAAAGAUCAUGGAACACCCCACUUGACUGAAUUUCUCCAUGAGCCUCCUUCAUAUGCAAUCCUUUCCCAUACCUGGGGUAAUGAUGAGGUAACAUUCAAAGACAUUCAGGAAGGCACAGCAAAGACCAAGGCUGGGUAUGACAAGAUCCGCUUCUGCGGAAAAACUGCAGCAAGCCAUGGCCUUGAUUUCUUCUGGGUGGACACAUGCUGCAUUGAUAAGUCCAACAGCACUGAGCUUCAGGAGGCCAUCAACUCCAUGUAUCGUUGGUACCGAGAUGCCACUCGAUGUUAUGUGUACUUGUCUGAUGUAUCAGUUCUGAAUGGCAAUGAAAGCAAUUUCUCCUCCCCACCGCUUUGGCAAUCAGCUUUUUUAGCAAGCAGAUGGUUCACUCGCGGCUGGACCCUCCAAGAGCUUCUUGCCCCAACAUCAGUUGAAUUUUUCUCCCAAGAUGGCCAGCGAAUUGGUGAUAAGAGAUCUCUUGAGCAACAAAUUCACAAGAGAACUGGCAUUGCUAUUCAAGCACUGAACGGAACACCACUCUGUGAAUUCAGUGUUGAUGAACGAUUCAAAUGGGCAGAAACCCGCAAGACAACGCGUGAAGAAGACUGGGCGUACUCUCUAUUUGGCAUUUUCGAUAUUGACAUGCGGCUUUCAUAUGGUGAGGGGAGAGAAAAGGCUGUUGCUCGUCUUAAGAGGAAGAUUGAUAAGAAUCUAAAGCAGAAAGAUGCAUACCACUGUCCAGAAGCUCCUCUCCCAGCUUGGAUCGUACCAUUUGAACAAAACCGCCGAUUUGUUGGCCGUGUGUCUGAACUGGCUACACUUGAAGAAAUGCUGUCCCAAGAUGGAACUGUCAAGGCUGCCAUCACAGGGCUUGGGGGAGUUGGUAAGACACAGCUUGCACUUAUGCUGGUAUAUCGCACAAGGGCCAAGUAUAAAGAUUGCUCAGUCAUCUGGAUGCCAGCAUCCAAUCUGGAGAGCCUGGAGCAGGCAUACCUCAACCUUGCCAAACAUCUCAACAUAGUUGGAUGUGACAACAAGGUCGACAACAAGGUUGACAUCAAGAGACUUGUGCAAGACCGCCUGAGCAGCGAGAGCACUGGCCGUUGGCUACUGGUGUUUGACAAUGCUGAUGAUGUUGACAUGUGGACUAGUCAGCGUGAGCAGGGUUCUAGUCAGUUGAUUGACUACCUCCCACGAAGUCCACAAGGAUCCAUUGUCUUUACAACACGUAACUACAAGAUGGCUACUCAACUUGCUGGUCGAAACAUAGUAGAGUUGCUGCAGAUGGAUGAACUUGCUGCUACACAGCUGUUGCAGGAAUAUCUGGUCAAUCAGAGCCUCAUAAACAGCCAGCAAGAUAAGGAAGCCCUGCUUGCACAGCUCACGUACCUCCCACUGGCCAUUGUUCAGGCCGCAGCAUACAUUAAUGCCAACCAAAUUACCUUGGGUGAUUAUCUGUUGCUACUGAAAGAACGGGAAGAGGAUGUGAUUGAACUUCUUAGUGAAGAAUUUGAGGAUGACUGGAGAUACCGUAAUUCCAAGAAUGCAGUGGCAGUGACAUGGCUGAUUUCAUUUAAUCAGAUGCGUCAGCGUGAUCCCCUUGCAGCUGACUACCUCUCCUUUGUAGCAUGCAUCCAUCCAAAAGAUAUUCCCCUAUCUCUUCUCCCACCGGGACCAUCACGGAAGAAAGAGGUGGAUGCCAAGGGGACACUCAAUGCUUAUUACUUUAUUACAAAGCGGACAGCUGAUCAGGCCAUUGAUGUCCAUCAGCUAGUGCAUUUGGCAACACGGAACUGGCUUCAAAAAGAAGAGUCACUUGCUUCUUGGACCAGCAGAGUCAUUGCAAGACUAGCAGAAGUGUUUGCAGGCAGUGGUCAUCAUAACAGAGUUUUCUGGAGGUUGUAUCUGCCACAUGCCCUCUGUGUGCUGGAAUCUGAUCUUGUUGACAAGGACGGACAGGAUAGGGUCAAUCUCCUUGCAGAAUGUGGGCUGUGUCUCUAUCUUGAUGGGCGAUACAAUGAGGCAGAACAGCUGGAGAUACAAGUGAUGGAGUCAAGGAAGACAGUGCUGGGGCCAGAGCAUCCUGACACACUGACCAGCAUGGCCAACCUGGCAUCAACAUUCCGGAACCAAGGACGGUGGACAGAGGCGGAACAGCUGGAGAUACAAGUGAUGGAGUUAAGGAAGACAGUGCUGGGGCCAGAGCAUCCCGACACGCUGACCAGCAUGGCCAACCUGGCAUCAACAUUCCGGAACCAAGGACGGUGGAAAGAGGCAGAACAGCUGGACAUACAAGUAAUGGAGACAUCCAAGACAGUGCUGGGGCCAGAGCAUCCUGACACACUGACCAGCAUGUGCAAUCUUUCUUACACAUUAAAGGGUCUUGGGCGAUAUUCAGAAGCUUUAUCCAUGCUUGAAACAUGUGUUCAGCUCCAGAACCAACAACUAGGUCCAUCCCAUCCGGACGCUAUUAGUGCCAGUGCAGCUCUGGAAGCAUGGCGGGUUGAGGUACUGACCAGGGGGACAACUCAAGAAGGAGAGAAAGAAUGA